AUGUUGAAACUGUUCCGCACGGUCACGGUCAACUUCCUGACAGUGGGGCACACGCAUGAAGACUGCGACCAGCUGCUCCUUGCCAGGCAGUUUGGCUGUGUGACCUCCUGGCUGCUGGACCUGGUCAAGUUCAACAAUGCGACAGACAUCCUGAAAUAUGUGCAAGGCAAGCUGGAGGACAAGAUGGCAGCAUGGCAGGAGUGCGUCCACGCCAAACACCUGCACGGCAUCCGUGACUGGAAGGGCUGGGUCGGCGAGCUCCUGGCUGCCCCUUUGUCGUGGCACAGCGCCUUCAUGAACCGUCAAGGUGUGGAUGCCCCGCACUCCUGGUGUUUCAAGGCAAGGCGUGACCUGUGGCAGACUGAACUGCGCAAUGGGACAGAAGAUAGAUGGUGCGCCAACUCCAGUGACAUCAUGCUGUGCUUGAAGGCUUACAUGAGUGACACACGGCUGCAACAGCCACCUCUCCAGUGCUUGCAGGAGAGGCAACACUCUCCGCUCAUUCGCGAAGUGCUGCCCAGCCAGCUUGUAGCGCACAAGCCGCUGCCAAAAACUUUGAUUGACAACUACCUGGCGCUCGCGCAGUGGGCUGAGGAGGCUGGCUAUGCAGAAGCUGCGCAAGCACUCACGGAGCUGGUGGAGACGCGGCGGUAUGAGCGAGCCCCGCUAGGCUGGCUUAGGGAGCCUCGCGAGUAUGCUCAGGACACUUCCCUGGACCGGAAUCCGUUCCACUCCCAUUUGCCACGGAACACUUGGCGGCUGGUGAUGGGAUAG